UAUGUAAGACUAAUAACAUCAUGGGCAAGACGGAGUGAGUGACACCUUCUCAUCGCUGUAUUCGAUCUCUCUACAUUUCUUUCCUCCAUCUCGAUUCAUCUAAAACCCUAAAUUUUCACAACAAAUCUACACGCAGAUUUCUACCUAGUUAGUUCCAACUGUGAAUUACUUUCUGAAAUUUCAAUCUCGACGGCAUCAAUUCUGUUACCACACCCAAUGCGAUGGUGGUCUGCAAAUGCCCCAAGGCAACCAAGUUACACUGUUUCGUACACAAGAUCCCUGUUUGUGGAGAAUGCAUAUGUUUCCCGGAGCACCAAAUAUGCACGGUUCGUACUUCAUUAGAAUGGGUCAUAGCUGGAGAGUAUGAUUGGCCUCCUAAAUGCUGCCACUGUCAUGCUGUGCUUAAAGAGGAGUCUGAUUCUCAAACUACUCGAUUGGGUUGCUUGCAUAUUAUACAUACGAAUUGCUUAGUCUCACAUGUUAAAAGUUUUCCGCCACACACUGCGCCAGCUGGAUAUGUGUGUCCUGACUGUAGCACUUCGGUAAGAUUUAUUUCAAGAAGUUAUAAACAGUGUCACAUCUAUAAUUGGUUUCUUUUGAUUAACACCUGUCAGGAUGUUGUAGUUCUCAGUCCUCAACAGUGUUUCAGAUUUCGAAUUAAGAUAUGGCCUCCAAAAAUUGUCAAAGAUUCAGGAUCCCAUCUUCAUUCAAAGCUGAAGGAGGCAAUUAUGCUGACUGGUCUCGAGAAGAACUUAUUCGGAAACCAUCCAGUUUCGUUGCCAGCAACAGAAUCCCGUGGUCCUCCUCCUCCUCUUGCCUCAGAUCCACUGAUGCAUGCAUCUGCAACUGGAGGGAGAGAGCCUAAUGCAAACUUGCCAUCUUCAGUAGCUAAAGAUUCUGAAGGUUACUCGGCUGCAGCUGGAACAGGGCCUACUAAUUCUUCAUUCACAGAUAUUGUGGAGAUAGAUGGUCCUAAAUCGGCAAGUCCAUCCCUGUCUAAUCAUCAACCUUCUCAAUCCCAACGUCCCUCGAGGCAAAAUAAGCUCAAUUGGUCCAGAGAAGAAGAUGAAGCAUUAUGCAAUGCAUGGAUGAUGAUUGGGAAAGAUCCAGUCAUGGGGUCAACGUAUUGGGAACGAAUCCAAAUUAAUUUUCAAAGCCAACCGGGGGGCACGACAGCAAGAAAUAGCAGUGGUUUGAUGAACCGUUUUUCCUACCUUCAUCCACUAGUAAACAAAUUUUGUGGAUGCUACAAAACCAUCCAAGACACUCCGAGCAGUCGCUUCAACGCUGAAGAUCUAAUCCAAACUGCUAAAGAACUGUAUAAAAAACAAGUAGGUGUCGAUUUUAAGUUGGAUCACUGUUGGUAUAUUCUUCGGAAUUCGGCAAAAUGGCAUAACCAUUGCAACGCCCAACAAGAGAAACAAAAGCCAAAUCAACAAACAAGGAAGAGAGACGUUGUUGAUCUCGAUAGUAAUGAGCUUGGAAAUUCCUCUGAAUCGGUUUCAACAACACCAGGUUCAUUUCAGAACAAUCCAUCUACUCCAUCAACUCCUGGAGUAUCAACUCCAGCUUCAGCAAACCUUGGUGAUGAUGACCCACCGGCCGGUGCUCAAGGUUCGCAUGACUUACCACGACCCCUUGGACAAAAAGCAGCGAAGAAGGGUAAAGAUUUUAAAGAACAAGACCGCAUGGUAAACGAAGUAGGACUCGAAGGAGAGCGAUGGAAAAUCCAAGCCAAAAUCGAAAUUAGCUUGGCGCAAGAACGUACUAAACAGCUGGAGAUAGAAUCAAGAGAGAGGAUGGCUAAAUAUGAGAAUGAAAGAGUUCAAAUGGAGUUUGAAAGAGAUAUGAUGCGUCAAGAUCCAAAUAAGGCUCCGACAAAAGAAGCAAAAGCAUGGAUCAUUGCACACCAAAAGGCGAUCUUGAAUAAAUUCAAUCAAGGAGGUGCUCAUAUGUAAUAUGUAAUAUAUAUAAAUUUUGGCGGGAAAAUUCCCGGGAAAUCUGACCACUCUCCAUAAUCUAACUGUUAGUUUCUUUGUAAAGCAACUACGUCUCUGGUAGUCUUCCAAGUAGGAGAAAGCGGGAAAUCUAACUGCUCUCUGUCACAGUGGAUUUAAUAUUUAUGGUCUUUGGAUACAUCAUUGGUAAGAGUCCAACAAAUUGCCAUUUGAUCUAUGUAGUAAUUUUCAAAUUUUUAUUUGUU